UUCAGAGAGUACUUCCUGAAGGGGACAAACCAGCAAUUACAGCCAAACAAGUACCUACUCCUGCAUCAAGUUCUAUUUUUGAAGCAACUUUUUAAAGCAACAGAAGAGCCUGAAACAAAAGAAAUAUAGCAUUUCCUAAAUAUACCAUUUCUUGAAGGAGCUAUUUUAACACAAGCAACUCAAAGAUAACUCUUUGUACCAAAAAAAGUUUCUAAAACAGCCUUUUGAUGGACACGAGUUUCUAAGUAUCAUGCUCACCACCGAGCUGUAAGAUGACCACCCUACACAAUCAAGCUCAACCUGGCCCUUCUAACAACUCACAUCCAGAUGAAUAUAAAAUCGCAGCCCUUGUCUUUUACAGCUGUAUCUUCGUAAUUGGAUUAUUUGUUAAUGUCACUGCCUUAUGGGUGUUCAGCUGUACCACUAAAAAGAGAACCACUGUAACCAUCUAUAUGAUGAAUGUGGCAUUACUGGACUUAAUAUUUAUAAUGAGCUUACCCUUUCGAAUGUUUUAUUAUGCAAAAGGUGAAUGGCCAUUUGGUGAGUACUUCUGCCAGAUUCUUGGGGCUCUCACGGUGUUUUAUCCAAGUAUUGCUCUAUGGCUUCUUGCUUUUAUUAGUGCCGACAGAUACAUGGCCAUUGUACAGCCGAAAUACGCCAGAGAACUUAAAAACACAUGCAAAGCCGUACUAGCUUGCGUGGGAGUCUGGAUAAUGACCCUGACAACCACCAUCCCACUCCUACUGCUCCACGAGGACCCAGAUAAAGCCUCCGCCCCCGCUACCUGCCUGAAGAUUUCUGACAUCAUCCACCUAAAAGCUAUGAACAUGCUGAACUUCACUCGACUGAUAUUUUUUUUCUUGAUUCCUCUGUUCAUCAUGAUUGGGUGCUACUUGGUCAUUAUUCACAGUCUCCUGCAUGGCAGGACAUCUAAGCUGAAACCAAAAGUCAAGGAGAAGUCGAUAAGGAUCAUCAUCACGCUCGUGGUACAGGUGAUCAUCUGCUUUAUGCCUUUCCACAUCUGCUUUGCCUUCCUGAUGCUAGAAGGGGAUGAUAACAGCUAUAAUCCCUGGGGAGCCUUUACCACCUUCCUCAUGAACCUCAGCACCUGUUUGGAUGUGAUUCUCUACUACAUUGUUUCAAAACAAUUCCAGGCUCGAGUCAUUAGUGUCAUGCUCUACCGAAACUACCUUCGGAGCAUGCGCAGAAAAAGCUUCCGUUCAGGAAGUUUAAGGUCACUAAGCAACAUAAACAGUGAAAUGUUAUGAAUGAUAAGUUUUUUGUCUUCAUUCUCUUUAAAUUCACUUUACUAGCUACCCUAGGGCCAGUGGGCAUUCUGUAUGAAACCAUCAAGUCUCUUAUCUCCUGAAAAAAAAAAAAAAACAAUAAACUUUAAAAAUUCUUCUGUGGGAUCUUAUUAUUGUGGCAACAUAGUCAAAUAUUUUGAAGUAUUCCAAUAAAUUCACAAUUUUUAUUUUUAAAACUUGAAUGAAACAUUUCAUGAGUUACCGGGUGAAAAAUAGUCAAUUUGUGUGUCAUAUUCAAGUCAGUAGGCAAAAAAAUCCCAGCUUCUGGUCAAAAUAAUUUGAUUAUGUUAUUAAAGUAUAAUUUGAGUAAA